GCUAUAAGGUGAACAAGUGGUAAACUUGAGCGAAGCGAAAACUCUCAGUGAGCACUUGCGAAGUUUUUAAAUUGUCGACGUGAUAAGGAAAAUUUUACGAGUGUUUGAUUAUCUUGAAUCAACAAGACAAAGAGACAAUGUCGAAAGCACCAGCAAUUGGAAUUGACUUGGGCACCACGUAUUCUUGCGUGGGUGUCUUCCAACAUGGAAAGGUUGAGAUUAUCGCCAAUGAUCAGGGUAACAGGACAACACCGAGUUACGUUGCCUUCACCGACACCGAGAGGCUCAUUGGCGAUGCGGCAAAAAAUCAGGUCGCUAUGAAUCCCAGCAACACUAUUUUCGAUGCAAAACGUCUAAUUGGUCGUCGAUUUGAUGAUGCAACGGUGCAAAGUGACAUGAAACACUGGCCGUUUACGGUAGUGAAUGAUGCAGGCAAACCAAAGAUCAAAGUAUCAUACAAGGGUGAAACAAAAACCUUUUUCCCCGAAGAAGUUUCUUCCAUGGUUUUAACAAAAAUGAAAGAGACAGCCGAAGCAUAUCUUGGCAAAAAUGUAACAAAUGCUGUUAUUACUGUGCCUGCCUACUUCAACGACUCUCAGAGACAAGCAACAAAGGAUGCUGGCGCUAUUGCUGGUCUCAAUGUUCUCAGGAUAAUAAACGAACCGACAGCGGCUGCAAUAGCAUAUGGCCUUGAUAAGAAGACUUCAGGCGAAAAGAAUGUUCUGAUCUUUGACUUGGGCGGAGGCACCUUUGAUGUAUCAAUCUUGACAAUCGAGGAUGGCAUCUUUGAAGUGAAAUCCACAGCUGGCGACACGCAUCUUGGCGGAGAAGACUUUGAUAAUCGAAUGGUGAAUCACUUUGUACAAGAAUUCAAGAGAAAAUACAAAAAGGAUUUGAGCACUAACAAGAGAGCUCUGAGACGUCUGAGGACAGCCUGUGAGAGAGCAAAGAGAACAUUGAGCUCAUCAACGCAAGCGAGCAUCGAGAUUGAUUCGCUGUUUGAGGGCAUUGAUUUCUACACGUCCAUCACCAGGGCCAGAUUCGAGGAACUUUGCGCCGAUCUGUUCAGAAGCACUCUCGAACCCGUAGAGAAGGCACUCAGAGACGCAAAGAUGGACAAGGCUCAGGUGCACAGCAUCGUUCUAGUCGGCGGCUCUACCAGGAUACCAAAGAUUCAGAAGCUUCUUCAAGAUUUCUUUAACGGCAAGGAAUUGAACAAAUCUAUCAAUCCGGAUGAGGCUGUUGCUUACGGCGCAGCUGUUCAGGCGGCGAUUCUGCAUGGCGACAAGUCCGAAGAAGUUCAAGAUCUGCUUCUGCUGGACGUGACCCCACUGUCGUUGGGAAUUGAGACCGCUGGCGGUGUCAUGACCACUCUGAUUAAGAGGAACACCACGAUACCUACAAAGCAGACGCAAACAUUCACCACAUAUUCCGACAAUCAACCGGGAGUACUUAUCCAAGUCUACGAGGGAGAAAGAGCGAUGACCAAAGAUAACAACAUUCUUGGCAAAUUCGAAUUAACGGGAAUACCACCGGCGCCUAGAGGUGUGCCACAAAUUGAAGUCACCUUCGAUAUUGAUGCCAACGGUAUACUAAACGUCUCUGCGAUCGAGAAAUCUACGGGUAAAGAAAACAAGAUCACAAUUACCAACGACAAGGGUCGAUUGUCGAAAGAAGAUAUUGAGAGAAUGGUGAACGAAGCCGAGAAAUACCGAUCGGAAGAUGAACAGCAACGAGAUAGGGUUGCCGCCAAGAACGCUCUCGAGUCGUACUGCUUUAACAUGAAGAGCACGAUGGAGGACGAGAAAAUCAAAGACAAAGUCAAUGCAUCCGACAAAGAGAAAGUAAUCUCCAAGUGCAACGAAGUUAUCUCGUGGUUGGACGCCAAUCAAUUAGCUGAGAAGGAGGAGUUUGCCGACAAACAGAAGGAGUUGGAAGCCGUUUGCAAUCCCAUUGUCACGAAACUUUAUCAAAGCGGUGGAGCGCCUGGUGGCGGCUUCCCUGGUGCUGGUGGGCCAGGAGCCAAUCCUGGAGCCGGUGGCGCAGGACCAACCAUUGAGGAAGUUGAUUAAAUUAAUUGAUAUCCGACCUUUUUCUCUUAUACAGUUUUUUUUUCAACAAUGCCACACUAUUUUAUAU